AUGGACAACUUGGAUCCAAUUCCUAUUCAAUCAACAAAUGCACUUCGUUCACUCCUAUCUAUGAUUCAAUCGCAUCAACCUACCUCUCCAAGAAAAACUGGAUUAUAUGCCCUCUCAAGACUAUGGUCACAUCUGGAUUUACAACUUCUCUUGGUAUCAUAUGAACAAGAAGUGAUGGAAAAACAACUCGAGAUAACAGCCGACAAGGUCUUGAAUAGUGAAUUGGAUCAUCAAACGAGUCGACUCGAGACAAGGAUGUACAAAUUUUUAGCUUAUCUUGGUCAGUGUUUUAAAACUCGAUUCAACCCAUUGCACUUGGAGAAAAACGGUUUUCAUCCGAUUCAACCGCAUAGUAGGAAGAGAUACGCUUUUCCCGAACUCAAUCAAACUAUUCGAAAUGCUAUUCAGCUGCACAAUGGCUUGGUAUUCCCAAAAUUAAACUGGCCUGCACCUCAACUUCGCUUUCAUUUACACAGCUUGAAGCUUACCAUUCCAAACUCCAGUGAUUGUAUAGCUCACCAUCUGAAUCAUGGUAAAGAGAAGUAUUGUAACAGCACCUUUCCUUUCGUGCUUGUUUUACGAGAAUGGUUCAGCCUGAACCCAGCCCACAAAUUCAGAUGCUUUGUCAAAGACCGCACACUGAUUGGUGAGCAUAAUUCAUUAAUCUCGAAGCAAAGGUGA